AUGAGUGGAUCUGAUUCAGACGAACUUCCAGUGAGGUUUUACUCUAUUUCUCUCCAGUGUGACGGCCUCUCCCACUGUAAACUGGCCCUGGCCUUCGCUGUGUUGAUGGACUUACUGGGCGGAGCCGCUCUGCUGGUGGGGGUCUUCGCCCCCAUGGAGAUCAAAGGACAAGACUUUGGAGACUUACUGGUCUAUACUGGAGCUCUGUUCGUGCUGAUGUCUCUGGCCGGAUGGGUGCUGUGGUACAGCGGAAACAUCGACGGUCUGACGUCCAAGAGUGAACUGGGACACAUCGGCAGCGCCGUCGACCGGCUGGCUCGAAACCUGAGCCGCAAGAUCCGCACGUACACGACCAAUACUUAUUCAUGA